AUGGAUGGUAAGGAAACCUUCUGGUAUUCAUGCUACAUCUCCGAUUUAGACUAUCAUGACCUGUCUUCACUUCAAUCCAACUUGGGGCUAGAUUCCGCAUAUGAGUUUCGUCUCCCUUCGCCAGAUGAACACCCUUCUUCUCCUCCCGAAGGCUUUGUCACUGUCUUUAGGGAUCAAAUCUUAGGCGGUCUUGGCUUUCCUUUACAUCCUUUUCUCUCUGAGUUGAGUCAAUAUUGCGAUAUUGGCAUCUCUCAGUUUGCCCCCAAUGUAUUCCGAGCCGUCUGCGACAUCGUCAUCUUGUGCCGCAUUUAUCAAAUUCUCUUGACCGCUCAGCUAUUCCAUCAUUUCUACUCUUUCAGGCGGGCUGAGCCGGGGGUGUUCAAUGUUCAGGUCAAACGGGGAUAUAAAUUUUUUGAUGACCUACCUUCUUCCAAUAAAGGCUGGAAAUCUCGCUUUUUCUUUCUUAAGCCUCCCGUCCCCUUAGCCGGACCUUCCCAAUGGCGCCCCAAUCUUCCUUCCAACUUCCCCUCAUAUGUUCAUGAACCUGCCUGCUCCGCGGCUUCGGGCAAGCUUACCGGCGUUGUUGUCCGCUUGUCCGUGCUGAUGCUAGAAGGCCUUCUAUACUCUUUUGGUCUUAGCCCUAUUUCUGCAGAAAUCGGAGCUCCCUUUGGUAAGCUGCUAUUUUUUCUGUGCCGUUCUUCACUAACUGAGGUGCUUUUUCCCUUUAACCCUGUAGUGGCUGCCGUUCUCCGCUCCUUUGCCAGCCAAGAACAACCAUCUGUGGCCGUUCUGCAGGCUCUUAACGAAGAGUUGAUACAAGGCCUAUCUUCUGAUCCUUCUGCUUCCACCGGUCUGCAGCCACUCCAACCCCAAACCUCUGAUCCUACAGUUGCCUCUACACUUACUGCAUCACCCGCCCUUAGCCACGCAGACUCAUCCCUACUCCGAGUCUUCGAUCGGCCUGCGACAGAACCAUCUCUGACAGAACAAGUGCCUUCUCUCCCUCCUACUAUGAAGCUGCGUCUUGCGCGCAAAGGCAAAAGAGUGGCACCGGCCACCGCAACUUCUCCGCCACCCUCUCGCCGUCAACGUGUAGUUGGUAUCUCUUCUCCUUCUCGGCCCUCGGAUACAAGCUUGGCCCAGGGGAAGGCUUCUGAACUAAAAAUUGCAGACCUGUCAUUGGACGUAACAGCUCCGGUACCGAUCCAGAGUUUAUUACCUACCCAGCCUUCGUCCUCUGGUGAUUAG